AAAUAUAGACUAGAUACAUCAAUUACAUAAUGAACCUAAAAAGUCAAAUGUUUCUUAUAAUAAGGACCGGAGGGAGUACUAGUCUCCCUUUGACCAUGGGCGAUCACCAGUCACCACCAUGAUUCCUCAGGUAAAUGUCUAGUUGUCUAGUCUCCCUCUUUAACUGUUCUUAUAAUAUUUUAAAAUGAUGUUGUAUAAAUGACCCAUGUGAGCUACUAACCCUCAACUCAAUGGACCAAUAAGAUAUUUUAUAAAUAAUAAAAUAUAGAAAUUUCAAAUCACUUAUCUUCAAUUUGAUUGAACGAUGAGUUAUUUAACCCAAAAUUUCUUAUGGGUUAUUUAGACAAUCCUUUUAAAAUUGGAUAUAACUUUUCCCUCUCUCACCACCAUCGAACUGAACUGAAAGCCACCAACCUCAAUUCCCACUUAUGUGCUCGAUCUGUUUUUCAUGAUUUCAAAUUAUUUGGGGGAGAUGGUGUAUGAGCCCGUUUGGAUGCAGAACAAAGAGCUUUAUUGAAGAUUAUAUACUGUUUUUUUUUCUUCCGGUAGAUAAUCGCUCUAAUAAGUACCCUUUGAUCCUCAUUCAAACAGGAUCUAUGUCCAAUUCAGGGACUCAUGAAAGGAUGUUUUGCAAAUAUGAAAAAUAACCAUGGGUAUUAUUGUCAUUAGCUGUAAAAUUACAUAGUAUAUCAAGGGAAUUCCUUAUCUAAAGUAUAAACCCCACUUUCCUCUGUUCAACAUCAACCAGUUUUGCAAGUCAAGCUUAACAUGAAGGAAACUCACAUAAUAUUAGAGUCAUGUGGGAUUUUCAUUACCUUUGUCCUGCAUCUCUUGUUCUUCUUCUCCUUCUUUUUUCAUCUAGCCACUUGUGAUUCAAUCAAUGUCCCUUCAGAUAAAAUCCUCCUAAACUGUGGUUCUUCUGGAGCAUCCCCAUUCAAUGGCGAAAACUGGAUAGGAGAUGUUGACUCAAGUUUCUUGCCUCCACCACAUGACACAAAUUCAUCUACACUCUUGGUCUCAAACACAGCCUCCAAAGUACCAAAAGUUCCAUACUCAACAGCUAGAAUCAUCCACUCUCCAUUCACCUACUCAUUCCCCUUCUCUCCUGGCCUUAAAUUCAUUCGUAUCUACUUCCUUUCAUCUUCAUAUUUGACUAUGAAAGACCCUUCCAAGGCUUAUUUCUCUGUCAAAGCUGGUCCUUACACCCUUGUUAGUAAUUUCAAUCCAUCUCUUGCAGCAAAAGAGGUCAACUCAGUUUACUUCACCAAGGAUUUCUUUGUCUAUGUCAGGGAAGAGAAACUCAACAUUACCUUCACUCCAUCUCCUCUAAUUUCCAAUGCAUUUGCCUUUAUAAAUGGUAUUGAGAUCUUCUCAGUGCCAUCCAGUAUAUACUUUCAAGGCUCCAAAUCCAAGGUUCCUGUUCCUUACCUUGGACACCAUGAACCAUUGUUUAUUAGUGAUGAUGAAUAUGCUCUUGAGAUGCUUCACCGUGUUAACAUAGGUGUUGAUCAUUCCGGCGUUGAUGUGGAAAAUGCUUUUGGGUUAUGGUUGGAUGAUGGAAGCUACAUAUCUAGCUUACAACAUGGAAGUGUCAUCAGUAUAAGUACCCGUCCAGUUCAGAUGAACUACACCACUUAUUCCACUUCAAAUUAUAAAUUUUCAGCACCAGAACAGCUAUAUAGGACUGCAAGGACAAUGGGUAGCAAUGGAGACACCAACCCGGGAUACAACUUGACAUGGUCAUUCCCUGUUGAUUCUGGAUUCAAAUACCUUGUCAGGCUUCAUUUCUGUGAGAUUUACCUAGAGGUAACAGAGGCUAAUCAGAGGGUGUUCAAGGUGUACAUAAACAACCAAACAGCAGAGGAAAAGAUGGACAUAGUUGCUAUGGCUGGAGGGAAAUUUACGCCUUUGCACAGAGACUAUGUUGUUAUGGUUCCUAUGGAAAGUGGGAGAAGAAAGCAAGAUAUGUGGAUUGCAAUUCACCCCAACUUGAAGUAUAAACCAAAAUAUGCUGAUGCCUUGUUGAAUGGGGUUGAGAUCAUCAAGCUAAGCGAUAGCAAUUAUAGUCUUGCAGCAAGUUUCCAACUGAAGAAGGAACAAAAGGAGAAGAAAGUUUCUCGUUUCAUUUUUGUAGCUGGUGCUUUAGGUGCUAUUUUGGGUCUGUUGAUCGUAUUUUUCAUUCUUUUCAAACUAAAGUAUAGUGGAAAUUUUCGGCUACUUCCAUUUGAUUCUCCUGAAAGAAGUCUCAGAAAUAUUCAGCAUCAUGUAACAGUGACUUCAUGUUCUUGCUAUCAAUUCACAUUGGCAGAGAUAAGCACAGUCACUAACAACUUCAGUGAUGCUCUUGUCAUUGGGGAGGGAGGGUUUGGAAAGGUUUACAAAGGCACCAUGCCAAAUGGGGUUACUGAUUUAGCAAUAAAGCGCUCUAAGCCUAGUUCUCGCCAAGGGUUUAAGGAGUUUCAAAAUGAGAUCAAUUUUUUCUCAUUUUCUCACAUGAACCUAGUGGCAUUGCUGGGGUACUGCCAAGAGGGGAAUGAACUUAUACUUGUGUAUGAAUACAUGGCUCAUGGUUCUCUCUGUGAACAUCUUUACAAGAAGAAACAAAACCAAUCACUGAAUUGGAUGCAAAGACUCAAGAUUUGUGUUGGUGCAGCUCGAGGUUUACAUUACCUCCACACAGGCACAGAGGAACCAGUGAUUCACCGUGACAUUAAGUCAGCAAACAUAUUAUUGGAUCAGAAUUGGGUGCCUAAGAUUGCAGAUUUUGGGUUAUCUAGAAUAGUUCCCUCAAUUUACCACACUCAUGUUAGCACAGAGGUUAAAGGCACUUUUGGAUAUUUAGACCCUGAGUACUACAAGAGGAAAAAACUGACUCAAAAAUCUGAUGUCUAUUCAUUUGGAGUGGUUAUGUUUGAAGUGCUGUGUGGAAGGCCGGCUGUGAAUGCCGAGGCAGUGGAAGAGGAAGAUGAGAAAGUUGGGUUGGCUGAGUGGGCCUUGCAUUGUUACCAAUCUGGAACCGUUGAUCGAUUGGUUGACAAGGAUUUAGAAGGAAAGAUCAGGUCAGAAUGGCUAAUGGAGUUUGUGGACAUUGGCAUCAAGUGCUUGAGUAACAAGGGGGCAGAAAGGCCAACUAUGGGAGAGGUGCUUGGUAAUUUGGAGAAGAUCCUUUCCUGGCAAGAGAGCCUUGAGGAACAAGAAAUCAAUGCAAGUCCAUUCGUAAAUGCUAGCAGGGCUUAGAUUCAGUGUUUGAUCUAAUUGUAAAUAUGUUAGUGUGCAAUAUAAUGAUACAGUAUGAUUGCAUCUUGUAAGAUUAAGCAGCAUGUCCUUAAUUUUCUUCUCAGUA